AUGAAGUUCCUUUGCCUUCAUGGUGCCAUUGGCAACAUCGAUAACAUCACUAUUCAGCUAUCGCCGCUACAGAAAGACCUGGCAGAAGAAAAUACUGCAUCAUUUCACUACAUAAAUGCGCCUGUGAAAAUCAUCCCUCCUCCAGGCUUCGAAGAAUACUUCGGUGUUGGUCCCCAUUUCCGCUGGGCGGAUGAUGGAGGCGCUGCCGAGGAUUCGAUGAUCAGCCGUGUACGCACAAUUCCCGAUGGACAGAAUCCCGAAGAUGUAAUGCGGGAUUUAGUUGGAGAUCGGAAGGUAAAAUGGAUCAACUUCGACGAGGUGAUGAAGUAUCUAUUUGAUACGAUGGAAAGCGAUCCCGAGAUCCAGGGAAUCAUUGGCUAUAGCGAGGGAGCCUCAAUUGCAGCCACCCUUAUUCUGGAGGAGGCGAAACGUUUGCGGGCAACUGGUCGUCCCCGUCAAAUCAAAUGUGCCAUGUUUGUUACAGGGUGGCCGCCAAUGCAUCCGAUUGACGGUGCGCUCCUCGCAGACGAAAGUGACGUUGUGCUAGAUGUUCCCACCUUGCAUGUUGUUGGCGCAAAUGACCCCUUCCGACAUGGCGCAUACGCCCUAUACAAUGUCUGCGAUCCAGACACUGCGGUAUUUUUCGAUACAGGGAAGGGACACACCAUUCCACGGUCUGGCCUUGUUAUCCAUGAGCUAGGAGAUGCUGUUCGGGGUCUGAUGGACAGAGCGUUUGAAGUUGAGGAUUUUUAA